AGUUCAAUUCAUAAGCUAGGCUUAGUAAUCGAUUAGCACAACAAGGACUAGGAUAGACAGAUACUGGUAUUAGAUGCCACAUAUAGUAAUCCAGCCUCUUCAACUAGGACAGGAGUUGAUUUAAUACUUUCAAUAUCGAUUUAUGUUAGUGUUGAAAUGAUAUUUAGAACAUGAAAUAGUUUUUAUUGUAGAUUUUAAAAACACUGCGAAUGUCAUAUCUAUGGAAGAAAGAAAAAAAUACCACAUAUGGUUAAGUUAAUUCAUGUGGUUGAUUAGAUGCUGAUGUGUGUUGACAUUAUUAAUUUGAUAUUAAAUGCAAAGAGUAAUGGCCCCUCCGACCACUCUCGUCUUAUUUCCACAUCCCCCAUGUCCCUUAGAACAUGGAGGAAAUUAUGGCACUCUUCCCUACUUCAAUUCCCAUUCUCUCUCUCUCUCUUAUAUCUCAAACACCAUAAAAGCCCUCGUUGAACAACAGACACUUACUAGUUCUUGAAGCAAUAACAUAAAGUAAAUAAACCAAGACUGGCUCUUUCAUCAUUGCACUCGAAUCCAACCAAAACAAAACCACCCGUGCCUUCCAUUAUCCAAAGAUUCUCUUCUCAGCUCCUUAUAAGUUACAAGCAUUCAAAGUGGGAUAACAUAACAAUUAAGAAACCACUUAUGGAAGUUGAAUCGGUCAAGUGUGAGUGCUGUGGCCUCAAAGAAGAUUGCACCCAAGAAUAUAUCCGCGACGUGAAGGCUAAAUUUGAUGGAAAAUGGUUAUGUGGGUUGUGCUCAGAAGCAGUGAGAGACGAAGUUAACAGAGGAAAAAGGCCUUUUCCCAUGGAAGAAGCUGUGAAGGCUCACAUGUCAUUCUGUGGUAAGAUCAAAUCCAACCCUGCGGUUAGAGUGGCUGAUGGAAUGAGGCAGAUGCUGAGGAGAAGGUCAACUGACUUGUCUUCAUCGUCAAACAAGUACAGUGCCAGGUCAAACAAUUCCUCCACUUUCUCAUUGCACUGAUCAAAAUGAACAACAAGCUGCGAACAGAACACGCCAUCACUCUGUUUCUGUUUCGUUCGAAAGCUGAAAUAAACUUUUUACAUAGCUUUUUGUCUCUAAGUCUUGUACAGAGAGUGCUGCUGUUUCACAUGAACAGUCUUUUACUUCUUUGUUUUCCUUUCAACAAAAACUAUUUAAUCCCAACUUUAUGAUGCAUGAGAUAGAUCAGGAGAAUCGUUACCUUCAAAUAUCUACUCAUUUUCUUAAUGGCUAAUCUUAUCAGAUGACUAAACA